AUGACAAGUAUGGAUUUCGUUUUGAAUGCCACCGAUUGGGAUCCUACUUCUACCACAAGGGAUAUCUACGGUGUCGCUUCUAUAACUUGGGAUUGGUUCUUCAUUGUGCAGCUCAUCCUGGCACUCUUCGGUAUCUUUGGUAACAUUCUAGUCAUCGUUGUGUAUGUUAAGAAACUCCGUAAUCGAAGCAACUCCAACAAACUCAUCGUGAUGUUAGCCGUUGCUGAUCUCAUUACAUCUGUAGCUAUAAUCCCCCUACCGUCUCUAACCUACGUACCCAACUCAGCAGUGGGUAGAGUCUACUGUAUCUUUACAUAUUCUGCCGUCAUAAUGUGGAUGUCAAUCGUGGCUUCAAUCUUCAUCCUGACUUUGCUGUCUCUUGAACGCUAUUUCGCUGUGGUACACCCUCUAAAGCACAAGCUCAUAUUCAGCAAGAACCGCAUCAAGUGUUUUAUUGCAGCAAUUUGGACCGCUGCAAUUGUUAUGAACAGUGGAAGUUUUUUCGUCACCAGAGUUAGCGAGGGUAACAACUGCGAACUGACAUGGCCGAGCAGUGCUUUCCAAAUGGCCCACGGUUGUAUGAUAUUCACUGUAGAGUUUGUCAUUCCCGUUACUCUGAUGGUGGUGUCUCACUUUCGCGCCAUAAGAGAACUUCAGAUGCAAGCGAGGUCCCUUCUGAAGCGGAACGAAUCCACAUCUUCACCAGCGUUUUCCUUACUCAGAUGUCGACGUAGAGUGAUUAAGAUGGUCCUCAUCGUGGUCCUCACCUUCAUCAUUUGCUGGCUACCAGACCAAAUGGGGUUCUUAUUGUUUAACUUCGGCGUACUGUCACCAGACUAUUUCCGGAGCACCAUCUACCGAGCAUUUACAAUCUUGGCGUUUAUCAACUCUUGUGCAAAUCCCAUUAUUUAUGUCUGGCUGAACAAAAACUUCAGGGCGGCAGUGGCCCAACUCAUACCUUUUAUCCGACUGAACGUUAGGUCUAACUCUGCCGAAGAAGGGACGAUGGCAAUGUCAGUGGCUGAAGCUAGAUACACCGGUCCGGUUGCGUUUACAAAUAACGCAUAGUGAUUAUUAACAGUGAAACCACACUGCACUUUAAACAUUAUUUGCAGAUCAGAACUUGACCCGGAUCCGAGUUUGAUCCAUUUCUAGAUCAGUAGACCCGGAAUCUGAGGCCCUUUUCGAUU